AUGCUUACCCUCACGGCAAAGGCGGCCGCCCGCCGCGCAGCGACCUCGUACCUGACCGGCUCCAGCAGUCUGACCACCAGAUUUUCGGCCCUUGCCAUUCGCCCAAUUGCUGUGCGCAGCUUCUCCGUCUACCGAUCGCCUCUCCUGGCCGCAGCCCGCCGUGCCACCCCGGCUAAGAAGACCACCACCAAGAAGGCAACCACCAAGACCGCCAAAAAGGCAGCUCCGGAAAAGCCCAAGAAGAAAGCCGCAGCCAAGAAGCCGGCUGCUAAGAAGCCGGUCGCCAAGAAGGUCGGCAGGAAGAAGAAGGAGCUCACCCCAGAGGAGGCCCAGAAGGCCGACAUCAAGAAGUGGAAGAAGCAAGCGCUAUGGAACCAGGAGCCAGCUGCCGGCAAUGGCAGCGGCUGGGCAGUCUAUGUUGGCGAGCAGUUCACCGCCCAGAAAUUCGAGGAAGGCGACACCCUAACGGAGAAGAUGCACACUCUGCGUGACAAGUGGAAUGCGCUCUCUGAUUACGACAAGGAGCGAUACAAGUCCCAGGCCGAAGUUGAGGCAGUGCAGAGGAAGAAGCAGCGCAAGGAAUGGAUCGAGUCCCACUCGAUCGAGGAGAUUCACCUUGCAAACCAGGCCCGCCUCUUGCUGCUCCGCAAGUACAACAAGAAGAGCCCUAGACUCCAUGAUGAGAGAAAGCCCAAGCGACCCACGAGUGCCUUCGUCAGGUUCUUCAUGUCUUAUUACAAUUCUCUCGAUGCGGACGCAGCCAAGGCUGAUUCAAGAAAUCGGUUCGAAGGUGCCUCUGCGCGCUGGAAGACCAUGAGCGAGGAGGAGAAGGCUCCCUACGCGAAGGAGUAUCAAGAGGAGAUGAAGCGAUUCCUCGAGGAGAACGCGGGUUUCCAAGACAGGAUCGACGAGUUGAGGAAGUCCAUUUCUACCAAAUAA